UCGAAUGCUACGCAGUGCUGAAACUGAACACAAGCGAUCACUGAUUAAAAAAAAGGGGGAAACUACACACACUUUCACCCUUCCAUCCAGCACAGCAACGUGACAGAAUCCCAUAGAGACGGAUUUCUGUGAUCAGUCUGUACAAGUACCUCUCUCACCUUUCAGUGUAUAAAAGCUCACUGACCGUCACAGAGAGCUCACUGACUGUCACAGAGACGAUACAGGAGACGAGGAGAGACUUGGUGAGAGAGACCGACCAUGUCGACACAGAGGAAGGGAGCGGCAGCAAAGAUGCGAAAAUGUGCCUUCUGCAGGACGAACCGGGACAAGGAGUGUGGACAGCUGCUAGUGUCGGACAACCAGAAGGUGGCAGCUCACCAUAAGUGCAUGCUUUUCUCCUCCGCUCUGGUUACAUCUCACUCAGACUGCAACGACAACAUCGGGGGGUUUUCUGUCCAGGACGUGAGAAAGGAGCUCAAGAGAGGGAAUAAACUUAUGUGUUGGUCCUGCCACCGGCCUGGUGCCACUGUUGGCUGUGAUGUGAAGACAUGCCGGCGGACGUAUCACUACUACUGCGCAGUAUGGGACAAGGCCCAGGUCAAAGAGAAUCCCUCACAGGGGAGCUACCUUGUGUAUUGUCGCAAACACCGGGAUGCCUCCCAGGAUGCCAGUGAAGAUGAACAGGGAGGUGUGGCCAAUGACUCAGACUCCUCCCCUCCGCGGAGUAGGGGGCGUGGGAGAUUCGAGAAAGAGCGAAUCAAAGUUGGAUCCCGUGGCCAAUCAGAGGACACACGCUCAACCUCCUCUCAAGGCGUAGAUGAUGAGAGCUCCUCGCAUAGGGACAGGUCCCCUCUGAGGGGCUCUGGGGACGGUGGCCAGCGCUGUGGCUUCUGCCACUCCGGCGAGGAGGAGAAUGAGAUGCGGGGCGUGCUCCAUGCAGAUAACGCAAAAAAGGUUGCUGCACAUUACAAAUGCAUGCUGUUCUCAUCGGGAACCGUCCAACUUACCACCUCCUCACGGGCUGAAUUUGGGAACUUUGACAUCAAAACGGUCAUCCAGGAGAUCAAGAGGGGGAAGAGAAUGAAAUGUACCCUGUGUACCCAGUUGGGAGCCACCAUUGGCUGUGAGAUCAAAGCCUGUGUGAAGACCUACCAUUAUCACUGCGGCCUGCAGGACAAGGCCAAGUACAUAGAGAACAUGGCUCGUGGCAUCUACAAGCUGUACUGUAAGAAUCACAGUGGGAAUGAGGAGCGGGAUGAGGAGGAUGAGGAGAGGGAGAGUCGCAACAGAGAGAGGGCGGCCAUUGAUCACGGGGGAACAGUGCCUCUGCCUCCGCCACAAGUCAAUGGCAACUAGGUGAUGGUUAAGGAUUGCAGGAUAAGAAGCGAGGGGAUAUCCAAGAUGGAGCAAAGAUAUUUUUCUAUUGCGUUCUACUCCCGAAGCAGGGGGCCACUGCCAGCCCCCUCAUUUGCCCUUUCAGUUUCAUCAAACGUCAGACACACACCCCUGCCAGAUGCCAACAUGUCAGCCCCUGGCUUCUUCACAAACCUCUUUCAUAUUGUUAAGUUUCAUGAAAUGGCACGGACGGACUGGAGUACUAAGAGCAAAACACUGCUGCUGGGUGAACAACAACGCAUGAGAGUGGUGGUCAGUUGUGGUCUCCCUGUAAUACAUGUUGUAUUGCUCUUAAAGAAGACAUGACUGGACAAAGUUAUCAACAUUCACUGUAUCUUGCUUCCCAUGUGCCCCACAGCAUUCUAGUCCUAUACAAACAAUAUUAUUCUUCGUAUAGCUCUUCUUCAAGGAGGCUGCCUUGUAAUAUUUUAGA